GAUCGAUAUCUCCACUAUUCAGGUUCAUUGGGGCAACGAAAUUGGUUUCAGCAACGACCUUCAUUCGAACUGCUCGAUGGUCUUCGUCAGCUUGUCGAAGGAUGUGCCAAUGAUCAUGACAGAAAUCACAGGUGUCUUCAAGAAGAACCACAUCACCAUCAUCCGAGCGCAGAUUGAUCCGACCGCGGAUGACAUGGGCGCAAAGCACAUCUACUUUGUCCGCAGCCUGAGGACUGACUCCAAGCUGAGCAGUGUGGAGGUGUCCAGGGUGCGAGAGGAUCUGGAGGUGGUGCUGCGGCGUCACAAGCUGAUGAGCAACAGCUUUCAGGCCCUGAACGAGGUUGUGAGCCCAAACAAUGGAGAAGGCGUCGAGAACAACGAAGAGUUUGCCGUUCAUGGCACUCCUGAUCGGCUUGCAAGAUUGGAGGAGGCUUUGGUUUCACAGCAGGAAUUGAACCGGAACUUGGAAGCAUCACUGCGGACUUUGCUGAAUCCCGGCGGCGCUCGAGGCUGUCUUCCACAAUGCCUGCCAGCAAACCUGCUGGGCAGGAGGACCGAAUUCGGCUGAGCCGAUCGCGGCGGGCAAAGCCCCUUGAGGGUUGCAACCCGAGGUUGGCCGAUCUGAACUAAGGAACAUCGUGCAAUCCGG